GGUAUUCAACAGACGGUCUAAGUAAUUGCUAAAAUGAACUAUUUGGAUCUGGAUUCAUUUCGUUCGAGAUAUAGCGAUAUAACGGUAACUGCCGUGCCCACACAGAAAUCGAACUGUAAUCAACCGACCAAGGACAAUAGUGAUGCAGUCGAGCAAAAAUCUUUUGAGACUCCUGAGGAGCUGGCACCGCAUGUGGAAAUCAUACCCGUAGGUCCGUCUUCAGCAGCUGCCAGGCAACAAUUGCACAACAAGCAACAGCAGCAACAAGUGCAAAUGCAGCUGCAACAAAAAGUGGCACAGGAUGCGGUUGCAUAUGCCAUAGAAUACAAACAGGUGUUGGCCAAGUUGGAGUACACCAAAUAUGUCCAGGCUCAACUGCUGUUGUCAAUGUCAACCGGAAUGGGGGCAAGCACAACAGAAUCCCAUAAAGUGGUCAAUAUUAAGGAUGCCUAUGCCAAUCUGUUGAGCGUUAUUGCUGAAAUGCAUAGCAAUUUAGCACCAACAACAAUUGGUUUGCGGGCUCCAAAGGAGCGUCUGUUGCGGGACAUUGCACAGGCACGUGUCCUUGUUCGGGAGUGUUCACUGUUGCUCAUGCGCGACCAGCAGCAACAACAAUACGAAGAGUGACGUCAGCAAGCGACGCUUAAAUUAUUUCCAACUUUGCUUUACUAUUCCACAUAAUAAAACAUAAGGCUGAAAACUG